AUCAGAGUUAGCACCUUCGGUAGCUGGCCACGCUCUGCUUUGAGAGCCUCCUGGUGAGACAACCUCUGAUUGGGUCAACCAGAGGAAGUGAGUGCUGUGCAGAGCAUUGCCCCAAGGCUGCGUCUAUGACAGAGACAUGGGCUGAUAAUUAACAGAGUGCAAGUUCAACUUUGACCAACUCCAAGCUGCCCUGCGCUGCCUAGCCGAGCAGCAGGACGACACGGAGAAAGCAGAGUAUGGGUGAGUCAGUCGCCUCUAUAAAACCCUCGGAGUGCGUGAAUACUGACCACAGCUCCGCAAGGAUAAUGACUUAUUUAGACCUGACCGCACACACCUUAAGAGUGAUGGCUGUUGGAGUUGUGGGAUAUGGUCACUUAGGACAGUACCUAGUGGAGAGGAUCCAGAAGGAGGGUCACAGCUUGGGCCUCCGCCUGGUCUUUGUGUGGAACAGAAACCCUCAGAAGCUAAGAGCCUCUGUUCCUGAGGAACUGAUCCUAGAUCAGCUGUCCCACUUCCCUGAAAAGAAUGCAGACUUGAUCGUGGAGGUGUGCCACCCACAGGUUGUGAAGGACUUUGGGGCCCAGUUCCUCUCGCAUGCUCACUUCCUGGUGGGCUCCCCCUCUGCCCUCUCAGACCUCCAGUUGAACAAACAACUGCGGCAGACUGCACAGCAUCAUGGGAAGACACUUUACGUGCCUAGUGGGGCACUGUGGGGCAGCCAGGAUAUCCAGCGGCUGAAUGAGAGCGGUACGUUGACGAGUCUCUUCAUCCGCAUGUCCAAACACCCCUCCUGUUUCCGCCUGACGGGGGGUGGGCCCAAGGAUUGGACCGAGGGAGAAGGCAGGAGGGUGCUUUUCAAAGGCUCCGUGGCCGACCUUUGUCCGCUGGCCCCAAACAACGUCAACACCAUGGCAGUGGCUGCUAUAGCAGCAGACAGACUGGGUUUCAGCGGAGUGAUGGGGGAGAUAGUCUCUGAUACUGCGCUGAAGGAGUACCACAUAGUGGAAGUCAAGGUGACGGGCGCCAACGGCUUCUCUGUGACCUCUGUGCGGCGUAACCCCGCCCAGCUGGGGGCAGUGACAGGGAGUGCCACCUACGCAUCCUUCUGGAGCAGCUUGCUGGCAUGUAAAGGCCAGAGAGCCGGAGUCUGCCUGUGCUGAGCGAGCUGGAGCCGCUGGCUGUGAACCACGCUCUGAAAUUAGGCCUCGCAUAGAAAGUUUUGAAGAAGCUGCAUGACACUUGUCUCAGGAACAAGACGUCUAUCACAGUGAAUCUUAAUAAAGCAACUUAUUUGA